UCAUCGUAAAGGACAAAUUAUACAUUGGUCAAUAUUAUACUGUUUAAUGACAAUAACUGUGACCUUUCCAUAUGUCAAUGAUGUGUGCAAGCAGUUAGUUCAUUGUUGUUGUUAUCCAGGUCCACUUCAGGCUGCUACUGUUGGCAGCAGUCAUGUCCGGCAAACAGUACCCACUGGGCUACGACCCGCAGAUCCUGUCAGUGCUGUACGCAACAGAGAACCGGCUGCGGACACGAUGGUUCUUCAAGAAUCUGCACCUACUGCAGCAGAUCAUCGCAGAUGCCCCUCGUCUGGCUGAAGGUGAGGCAGACCGCCGCCUCAGAGAGCUGCAGCAGCCACAGCUACUGCAGUUGCGCACCAGGCCACGCUUCCUCAAAACUGUCCGCAGGCCACCACCACCUCUGCCACCCCCGGACCCUGAGGUUCAGCUGGACUCCAUGCGGCCACCAUCACCACGCACCAAACAACUCAUAUACUCCCAGACUGGACCAUAUGAAUAUCUGAAAGCCAGAUGUGCAAAGCCCCCAAAUCAUCGGUAUUAUCUUCCUGAGACAACUAACUUCAGUUAUGGGUGGCAAAGUGACGAACUCUAUGCACGUGUGUACAACCCACCUUACGGGCGCAGCACACAAAGUACUCAACAACUAUAUCGAAGGCAGGGAGUCAAACCCGAUUCUCCAUCAAUCAGACCAGCUUUUAUCUUCGUACCUCUUGAAAAACAUUACAUUUAGAAUUGGUGUAAGACAUGAAGGAACACUGUCUAAUCUCUUCUCAAUUAUCAAAUUGUAGU